CGCCCCCUCGCCGCUCGCAGCUGUUUGGGGAACCCGGACCGAGGUGGCGCCGGGUUGCCCUGAUGGUCCCUGGCCGGCGGCGGCGGCGGCAGAGGCGGCGGGAGGAUGACCUCUCCCCGGGAGCGGGGUGCCGACCUGGCCCGUUUCUACACUGUCACCGAGCCCCAGCGACAUCCAAGGGGCUACACGGUGUAUAAGGUCACCGCCCGGGUUGUUUCACGAAGAAAUCCAGAGGAUGUCCAGGAGAUAAUCGUGUGGAAGAGAUACAGUGACUUUAAGAAACUACACAAAGAACUAUGGCAAAUUCACAAAAACUUAUUCCGACAUUCAGAAUUGUUUCCUCCAUUUGCUAAAGGAAUAGUGUUUGGACGAUUUGAUGAAACUGUUAUUCAAGAGAGAAGACAGUGUGCUGAAGAUUUGCUACAGUUCUCUGCCAAUAUCCCUGCUCUUUAUAACAGUAAACAGCUUGAAGAUUUUUUCAAGGGUGGAAUAGUUAAUGAUGGUUCUGAAUUGAUUGGACCUGCUGAAGCUUAUUCGGAUUCCCAUGUUGAUAGCUUUCCUGAGUGUAGUACUGAAGGUUUCUCCAGUGACAGUGAUUUGGUAUCUCUUACUGUGGACGUGGAUUCUCUUGCUGAGUUAGAUGAUGGAAUGGCUUCCAAUCAAAACUCUCCCAUUAGAACUUUUGGUCUCAAUCUUCCUUCGGAUCCUUCAGCAUUAGGGGCUGUUGCUUCUGACAGCGAACAGAACAAAACAGAAGAAGAACGAGAAAGUCGUAGCCUCUUUCCUGGCAGUUUAAAGUCCAAGCUUGGCAAGAGAGAUUAUUUGGAGAAAGCUGGAGAAUUAAUAAAGCUGGCUUUGAAAAAGGAAGAAGAAGAUGACUUUGAAGCUGCUUCUGAUUUUUAUAGGAAAGGAGUUGAUCUACUCCUAGAAGGUGUUCAAGGAGAGUCCAGCCCUACCCGACGAGAAGCUGUGAAGAGAAGAACAGCAGAAUAUCUUAUGCGAGCAGAGAGUCUCUCUAGCCUUUAUGGAAAACCUCAACUUGAUGAUACAUCUCAGCCUCCAGGAUCACUAAGUUCAAGGCCCCCUUGGAACCUAAGGAGCCCUGCCGAGGAGCUGAAGGCCUUCAGAGUCCUUGGGGUGAUUGACAAGGUUUUACUUGUAAUGGACACAAGGACAGAACAGACAUUCAUUUUAAAAGGUCUAAGGAAAAGCAGUGAAUACAGCAGGAACAGAAAGACCAUCAUCCCCCGCUGUGUGCCCAACAUGGUGUGUCUGCACAAGUACAUCGUUUCUGAGGAGUCGGUAUUUCUUGUGCUGCAGCACGCGGAAGGUGGCAAACUCUGGUCAUAUAUCAGUAAGUUUCUAAACAGAAGUCCUGAAGAAAGCUUUGACAUCGGGGAAGUGAAAAAAUCUGCACUUACUAAAGUUCACCUGCAACAGCCAACUUCUAGUCCUCAGGACAGCAGCAGCUUUGAAUCCAGAGGAAGUGACGCUGGAACCACACUUCAAACUCUGCCUCUGAAGACCAGUCUUACUCCAAGCUCUCAAGAUGACAGCAACCAAGACGAAGACGGCCAGGAUAGUUCUCCAAAGUGGCCAGAUUCUGGCUCAAGUUCAGAAGAGGAGUGUACCACUAGUUAUUUGACUCUGUGCAAUGAAUAUGGGCAAGAAAAGAUUGAGCCGGGGUCCUUGACUGAGGAGCCUUUCAUGAAGAUCGGAGGGAGUGCUGUUGAUCCCAGAGUUACCGAAAGCUUCCCAGCGCACCUCGCUGCCGACCGUGGCAGCCCCGGCACCCAGCACGCAGCUCACGCGCUCAAGUUCUUUGCUGGAGAUGAUGACCUAGAAGCAGACAGUUCUCCAAGAGCGUCCGAUUCCCUUAGUAGAUCUAAAAACAGCCCCAUGGAAUUCUUUAGAAUCGACAGUAAGGAUAGCACUAGUGAACUCCUAGGCCUUGAUUUUGGAGAAAAAUUGUAUAGUCUAAAGUCAGAGCCUUUGAAACCAUUUUUCACUCUUCCAGGUGGAGACGGCACUUCCAGGAGUUUCAGUACUAGCGAAAGCAAGGUAGAGUUUAUAGCUCAGGACACCAUUAGCAGGGGCUCCGAUGACUCCGUCCCAGUUAUUUCUUUUAAAGAUGCUGCUUUUGAUGUCAUCGGCACUGAUGAAGGAAGACCUGAUCUCCUUGUAAAUCUACCUGGUGAACUGGAGCCCGUCAAGGACGGCGCAGCAAUGGGACCCACUCCGUUUACGCAGACUAAUAUAGGCAUAACUGAAAGUAAAUUGUUGGAAACCCCCGAUGUUUUAUGCCUCAGGCUGAGUACUGAACAAUGCCAAGCACAUGAGGAAAAAGGCACAGAGGAAUUGAGUGAUCCCUCCAGGCCCAAAUCCCAUGGGGUAGCGGAGAAACACAGUGUGCAGGGGGGUCUAGGGGUGUUAUUUGUAGCAGCCGAUGGUCAUACUAGUUCAGGAGACGUGUCUUUGUUACACAGCCUGGAUCCUAAGUUCCAAGAACGUGGAGCGGUUGAGUCAGCAGAAACUGCAAACACCACCGAAGAGAGCAUGUUCCAUGUUUCUAACCCCCUCUCAGGUGCUCGUGAAUAUAAUGUAAACACAGACACUUUAAGAACAGAAGAAGUAUUGCUGUUUACAGAUCAGACUGAGGAUUUGGCUAAAGAGGAACUGACUUUAUUUCAGAGAGACUCAGAGACCAAGGGAGAGAGUGGAUUAGCACUAGAAGGAGACAAGGAAAUCCAUCAGAUUUUUGAGGACCUUGAUAAAAAAUUAGCACUAAACUCCAGGUUUUACAUCCCUGAGGGCUGCAUUCAGAGAUGGGCAGCUGAAAUGGUGGUAGCCCUUGAUGCUUUACAUAGAGAGGGAAUUGUGUGCCGCGAUUUGAACCCAAACAACAUCUUAUUGAAUGAUAGAGGACACAUUCAGCUAACGUAUUUUAGCAGGUGGAGCGAGGUUGAAGAUUCCUGUGACAGCGAUGCCAUGGAGAGAAUGUACUGUGCCCCAGAGGUUGGAGCAAUCACAGAAGAGACGGAAGCCUGUGAUUGGUGGAGUUUGGGUGCUGUUCUCUUUGAACUUCUUACUGGCAAGACUCUGGUUGAGUGCCAUCCAGCAGGAAUAAAUACCCACACCACCUUGAACAUGCCAGAAUGUGUCUCUGAAGAGGCUCGCUCCCUCAUACAGCAGCUCUUGCAGUUCAACCCUGUGGAGCGUCUUGGUGCUGGAGUUGCUGGUGUUGAAGAUAUCAAAUCUCAUCCAUUUUUUACCCCUGUGGAUUGGGCAGAACUGAUGAGAUGAACAGAAUGCAGGGUUAUCUGUGCACAUUCUGAUCUUCUCUGUGACAGGCAUCUCCAGCACAGAGGCAGCUCUGCCUCGUCACUUAUGGAGCACCAAGACAUUGGGAUAAAGACCUUUAAAGGAAACGGGGGAAGAAAAAGGCUGAAAGAGAACAGUUCCUUUACCAUGACUCUCUGGACAAGAUAUUGGCUACAUUUGCAGGGGGCUUUUAUGUGCAACCCUUCAACAAAGGUUUGAGCUUUAUUUUAUCUGCAUUUAAUGUUGCAGAUUGGUUGUAAACCCAACUGAGAGAAGAAUGCCCUUCAAGAACUUCCUCUGAAAGCUCCAAGUGUACAUUUAAGUGUUACUUGAAAGGAGGACCUUUACAUGGCAGCUAAUAGUGCUUUCUGCUAAGCUAAAUUGGUUUAUAUGAUCGUAAUUAAUAUUCGCCGAAUAAUACACUAAAAAUGCUUCAGGAAUAGUGUCAUCUAUGGAGCUUAAAAAGUGAGAAAACAAGAAUUUAUACAUCAUGUCUGAUAGGAAACACGCACCAUGAUGCUAUAUAAUUAAUGUGUGCUAAAUGUGGUUCCACACUAUUUCAAGCUUUCCGAAGUCAACAUGAGAAGAAAACUCAUGCUGUCAACUUAAUAUGUGGUUGGUUGGUACUGCUUGUGGAGGGUUCGUAUAAACACUCACUGUCUCUCAACUUUAUCUUUCUGCUCCCUACACCUUUGCCUAUUCUCUCAGAAUCUGUCCCCUUUUCCUCCACUAGCACCUCCAAUAUGCAACAAAAAGGGAAGGGACUAUUUAUUUCCCCAAAUUGUAUCCACUUAAUAAGGACAAAGAAAUCAUGAUUAUAAAAUAAACGUGGUAAAAAUUGAAA